AUGUCUCUAUAUUUUCACAAAAAAGCCAUCCGUACCAGUUCGUCCAGACUGUCAGAGCUUCUCAAAACGUACGAAGCUAAUGGACACGGAAAAAAGGUCGACUACCCAGAGGACGAUCAGGAACGGCAUGAUAAAUGCGCAGCAAACUUGAUAUCACUAGCUGAGUGCCUAGACGAGGUAAAAGAGUAUACGGAAACGCUCGAGAGCAAAGUUGACAAUAUGGAACAAGUUUUCAUGGGUAUCAAAUCCAAAACUGAGCAAAAAGAAUGGAUUGCGGAGAUUGAAGAGUUUGAAAAAGAAUCGGAAUAUUCCAAAAUUCUUAACGAGUCCGCCAAUUUCGCGCUCAGGGUUAGAACUCAGAUCGCAGACGCAAAAAUAAAAUUACAACAGGUGCAAUAUAAACUGAAAAUCCCUGUCCACGUAGAGCCUUCCGGUCAAAAUGUUCAGGAAGACGUGGCAAGUGAGUCUUCCAGUCAAAACGUUCAGGAAGACGAAUCAGGAGAGUCUAGUACGAUCAGCAAUGAGUCUGCUAACACGCAAACAGUGCCAGACAUACUGGUGAAGAAUCAGGCGACCGAUACAUUGAAAGUUGAGGACUUGUUAGAAGCCUUGGACAGGGAGAUUUCAGCCAAGGCGUAUGUGGAGCUACGCCUCGGUACUACCAGUAUUGAUCCAAACGGGUCACAUUCACAAGAUCGUCGCCCAAACUUACCAGGUCCAUUGUCGACCGGCAAAAACGCCGGGACAUUCUCAAACAGCAGCGACGAUGUUGGAAAUGUUUUCAAAACUCACAUUCCAGCAGCAGCUGCAAAGCUGCGGAUUGUUCUAGAUGCGGACGCGCGCAUCAUGCGUCCGUCUGCCUUUCUUCGGGACAUCCGGGUCCCUCCGCGUCGAACCAGCCGCACGCAUCGAAGUGGUCGAAAAAUGAAACCACCCAAGAUCGUUUCAACAACAGAUUUCCUGUUAGGAAUACACAACCCGCUAACAGGCAAGCAUAUUCUGGGAAUGAUAUACGACGCCAGCAGCAAAGCGCUAAUCAACCGUUUGCUUCAAACCAGAACAUCCAAAAUGAAAACUGCAUGUCAUCUGCUCAUAGGAAAAGCGAGCAGCUCGUUCUCAUGA